GCUUUUCAUUAAAUUCUCAGGUCAAACCGGAUGUGGCGAAUCUGGGAUAUUUUAUACGGGCAUGGGUCUUCGUGAUGAUGUCUCUUCUUUCCUUUCGUACAUUGAUCGUGCAGGGUACUCACGAUGGGUGCGUACAAGUACAUGCAAGAGUUGUACAGGAAGAAACAGAGCGAUGUGCUCCGUUUUCUCCUGCGUGUCAGAUGCUGGCAGUACCGUCAGCUCACCAAAAUGCACCGUGCUCCCAGGCCAUCCCGCCCUGACAAAGCCCGUCGUCUAGGAUACAAGGCCAAACAAGGUUUCAUUAUCUUCAGAAUUCGUGUACGUCGUGGAGGACGUAAACGUCCAGUGCCCAAAGGUGCAACUUACGGUAAACCCAAAAGCCACGGAAUCAACCAAUUGAAGCCCACAAGGAAAUUGCAGUCCGUUGCUGAGGAGCGCGUUGGCCGUCGUUGCGGUGGAUUGAGAGUUUUGAACAGCUAUUGGGUAGCUCAAGAUUCUUCUUAUAAAUAUUUUGAGGUCAUUCUCGUCGACCCCGCACACAAGGCUAUCCGUAACGAUCCCAAAGUGAACUGGCUCUGCAACGCAGUCCACAAGCAUCGUGAACUCCGUGGCAAAACGUCGGCCGGCAAAAGUUCCCGAGGUUUGGGCAAAGGACACCGUUAUUCGCAGACCAUCGGUGGAUCGAGAAAGGCGGCAUGGCUCAGGAGAAAUUCCCUUUCUCUCCGAAGGAAACGAUAGGUUACUUGACACUUGUCAUCUCACGCAAAUUAAAAUGUCUGAUUCCAUCGGAACAUUUUUAUUUUGCGUCAAAAGUUUGAUCGACGAUGCAAAAAAUAAAUAUCUUCUAAAAAAACCACAA